AUGGCCGACACCGUUGGGAAGACCAUUACUUGCAAAGCCGCAAUCGCCUGGGCCCCAAACGAGCCGCUAUCCAUCGAGGACGUGCAAGUCCUGCCGCCGAGGGCACACGAAGUGCGCAUUAAGGUCCUGCAUACUGGAGUCUGUCAUACUGACCAGUAUACCCUCUCCGGAAAAGACCCCGAAGGCGCAUUCCCUUCGAUCCUCGGACAUGAAGGAGCCGGUAUCGUCGAGUCGAUUGGCGAUGGCGUGACUUCUGUCAAACCCGGCGAUUAUGUGAUUGCAUUAUACACCGCCGAAUGCCGCGAAUGCAAAUUCUGCCGCUCGGGCAAAACCAAUCUCUGUGGAAAAGUCCGUGAGACGCAAGGUAAAGGCGUCAUGCCGGAUGGGACGUCGCGGUUCCGCGCGCGCGGGAAAGAUAUCCUGCACUUCAUGGGCACGUCCACGUUCUCGCAGUACACCGUUCUUGCGGACGUGUCGUGUGUGGCUGUGACGGAGCGGAUUGGGACGGACAAGGCGUGUUUGCUGGGGUGUGGGAUUACGACUGGGUAUGGGGCGGCGGUGGUGAGUGCGAAGGUGGAAGAGGGGGCUACGAUUGCAGUCUUUGGCGCGGGGUGUGUUGGGUUGUCGAUUAUUAUGGGGGCGAAGAGGAAUAGGGCCGGGAGGAUUAUUGCGGUGGACUUGAAUGAUGGUAAGGAGGGGUGGGCGAGGAAGUUUGGGGCGACGGAUUUUGUCAAUCCGUUGAAGAUCCCGAGGAAUGUGCUGCUGCAGGAGUAUCUGGUGGAUAUGACGGAUGGGGGCUGUGAUUAUACGUUUGAUUGUACAGGGAAUGUGAGUGUGAUGAGGGCGGCGCUUGAGGCGUGUCAUAAGGGAUGGGGCGAGAGUAUUGUCAUUGGUGUUGCUGCUGCUGGACAGGAGAUUACAACACGGCCAUUCCAACUUGUUACUGGCCGCGUGUGGAGGGGAUGUGCAUUCGGUGGCGUCAAGGGCCGCACUCAAUUGCCAGGCCUGGUGGAUGAUUAUCUACGGGGGGAGCUCAAGGUGGACGAGUUCAUCACUCACCGUGUGUCAAUGGACCGUCUGAACGAGGCGUUCGACGUGAUGAAGCAGGGCGAUUGCAUUCGCUGCGUUGUUGAUAUGAGCUAG